GUGAAAGAUCAGCUGUCUGAGCAACGGCAGCCGUUAGCCGUUAGCCGUUAGCCUCACCCACAUGGGCCGUUUCCGGGCACCGCUCAUGCACUUCGCAGCCCUGGUGUUCUUGAACAGACCUCACUUUUUCCAGUCCCGGGCAGCAGGUCUACUCUGUCGGAGGCGGACGGCUGAUUCAGACGAGACAUGUCGCGCGGCAUGGAAGGAGACAGGAGUAAUCUGAGCAUUGACACGGACGUGGGCACAGAAGAGAGGAAGGACGGUACCAAGAGUAAAGUCAAAUGGACUCAGGAAGAGGAUGAGAAUCUUAAAAUCCUGAUCAGCAACUUUGGGAAAAAAGAUUGGAAAACCAUUGCCAGUUUUUUACCUGGACGGACAGAAAUCCAUUGUAUGCACCGCUGGAAAAAUCACAUGGAUCCUGAUUUAGUGAGAGGCUAUUGGACCAAAGAGGAAGAUGAUAAGAUAGUUGAGCUGGUGGGCACCUACGGCACCAAAAAUUGGGCCUCGAUUUCCAGGCACUUGAAAGGGCGACUGGGGAAACAGUGUCGUGAUCGUUGGCACCACCACCUCAACCCACUAGUCAACAAUAGCGACUGGUCCUAUGAAGAAGACCUCAUCGUCUGCAAAGCCCAAUCCAUUCUGGGAAACCGGUGGGCUGAGAUUGCUAAACUGCUCCCUGGAAGGACAGACAACUUUGUGAAGAAUCGCUGGAACUCCAACAUCAAACGUAAAGUGGAGUUGGGCUUUUACAAAGACGAUGCUGACAGCAUUUCCCUUGAUAUUCAACAGUUUGUGGAAGGAGAGGUGGACUUCAAAUGUGAUGUUGUGUUAGAUACUGAACCAGUAACUGUGGUCAGGCCAGACAAAGAGAGGAAACAAGAUUGUCAGAAAUCCAAGUGGAAGACAGCUGCUCCACCUUCACAGACUUUUGCAUCAGGGAGAGAGGUCUCCUCUCCGAGUCCCUCUUUGCCCCCCAGUUCGAGUUCAAGUCCCAGUUCCAACUCCGGCGCUCCACCAGCGCCGGUGGACCAGAAAAAGUUUGUUGAUGCUGCACUGAGGAUGAUCGCUGAGGACAUGCUGCCACUCAGUUUUGUUGAAGGCGCAGGCUUCCGGUCUUUCAUGAGUACCAUCAGCCCUGAAUACAACAAGCUAUCACAGCGUGCUGUGGGCCUGCAGCUCUAUGAUGAUGUGGAGAGAACAAUUAAGCCUCAGCUCAUCCGUGACCUUAAAGCCUCCCUUGCCACUACCGAAGAUAAUGAGAACGCCAUUCAUGUCACCUUUGACCUCUGGACCGGGGAUGGAUCCCCACCAGUGGAGGAGCCCAUAGUCGUCGUGCAGCUACACUUUGUCAGCGAUUCCUGGCAGAUCCGCCGUCCCGUCGUGGCUUUCCGACACCUCAGCCACAAAAACCUCAGCACCGCUCUGGCCAGAGAGCUGGAAGGUGUGCUGCUGAGCUACGGAGUAUUUCCUCGCAACAUCGGCUACAUCCUCACCAACCAGUCCAAAGAAACCCUGACUGGGAACAAGUUGUUCUGCGACUACAAGAUCAUGUGCUCAUCAAACAGGGGAGAACCUGAUGGGGAUGAGAUGGUGGCAUUUAUGUCGAACCAGAUGUCAUUAACAGAGUCACCCUUUUCGGAGCUGCAGAUGGGGACCAGGACCACGUGCGUGGUCAAAACACUGCAGCUGGUCAUCAAGGAGGCACUGAAGAAUUCAAGGGUGGUGGAGAAUCUGCUCUCACAGGUCCACAACGUGGUGGCUUUCUUUAGGAGUAGCGCCUACUGGAGUGAGGUUUUGUUGAAGGACUGCAACGUGUCUCUGUGCCCGUCUUCCAGUAGUUGUCGCUGGAACUCCAUGAUGCUGUCUUUACGCCGUAUGGUGCAGGAGUCUGUCUGGAGUGCCGUCAUGACGCUCCUCGCCCAGGCUCGCAUAGAGGCCAGCGACCCAGCCAGUGCCCCGCCUCUGGUCAUGGUCAAGAGAGAGCAAGUUAUUGACAUCCUGAGUCUCCUCGAGCCCUUUGAGGAGGCCUUACAGGUCCUGCAAGGAAAUGGCGUGACCAUCUCUUUCAUCAUACCCUCCCUCAUUGGCCUUGAUAAGACCUUGGAGAGCCGUGUCACCAACUACACCCACUUCAACAAGGCUCUGCGGACAGGCCUCCACACACACUUCCAACCCGUAAUUCACCAGAAGGACAUGAUUCUAGCCACAGUGCUAGACCCUCGGAUCAAAAUGCAGCCGUUUUCUGAUGCCAAGCUGGAGGAGCAGACAAGUUUCCUGACUCCUCCAUCCAAGCAUCAGGCUCGCACCAUCAUAGAAGCCACAUUAGAAAGCACGGUGGCCUCAGCAUCUGCCCCUAUGGAAGCAGACAAAGACCACACGGACAAGGAGUUGAAAAAGGAGCAGGAUGGUCGAGAGGAGAGCCAAGCCAACACACUAAUGGAGUCAUCUGGUGAGAGCUCGGAUGAAAACAACUGCGACGGUGUCAGUGGGAACGAACUCAAGCGCAAGUCCAUCUUCAACUUCCUCCAACCGCCCGCGAAGACCUUGAAGAUGUCGGAGCUUGACGUGUACCUGUCUGAACCACUGUGGGAGAGCAACUCCAGUUUGCUCUACUGGAAAUCUGCUACUCGGUUUCCCAAGCUCCAGGGCAUCGCCAAGAAGCUGCUGGUGGUACCAGCCUCCUCGGGGGGCUUCGACAGGCUCUGUCCAAUGGCUGCAUGUAUUGUAAGAGCCAAAAGAAACCGCCUGCCACCUCACACCACGGAGAGACUGCUUCUGUACAAAAACUCCUUAAAGACGAAGACUGUUAAAAAGCCCAGUGGCGUCGCCAAACACUGAUGGGUCAAGUUCCAACUGGGUUUGGUUAUUCUGUCCUGUGCUCUAGCUCCUCAAUGCUCAUCACAUUGCAUUAAACAGAAACUCAGCAUUCUUUAACUGUAGAUGCUUGUGCACCCACAUCCCACUCAGUUAAAUUUCUUCAAACAUUAGAUUUACUGAAUUGAGCAUAAUUUCCACUUUGUAGCAGUUGACCUCUUCAGUAAACUACAAAGAAAGUGUAUUGAAAAUUUGAGUCAAAAUGUCUCCGUUAAAAAAAACGGUGACAUACUAUCAGCGCUCAGAGUCAUGUCAUGUCGCUGUGACUAGUGAACUCAGAUGAUUGCAAGUAAGAAACAGCUUCUUUUUGAGCCUGGCACAAAGUAAAUGAACCUUAUUUCCCAAAACGGUUCAUAAUAGACUUGUGGAACUAAUCCCAAUUUUGAUUGAUGCCUUUAAGAAAGUGCAGGCCAGAGGUAUGAACAGGGAUUUGUAUUUUGUUGUUCACACAGUUGAAACUGAAGUGAGUUCAUCUGAAGACCUCAUGCUUUCACUGCUAGUUUCACAUUGGAGGAAAUAAAAAAUGUGAUGUGAAUCGUGAUGUGUAGGCUCUGAAAUGUCCAACUGGUAAUAAUAAUAAAAAUACAGUGUGGCAGACAGCAAUCCCAAAUCUCCCUUAAUACCAUCGAAAUAAAUUUUGAAGAUGCUUCAAUAAGAUCGUCAAUAACAGCACCACACACCCGCCUGUUUCUCUUGAUGCAGACAUUGGAUUGCAUGUAAAUCACAGCCUGUCAGUUACCAAAGCACAAAGUUUAAGUGAUUAAUAUGUGAAUGUAAACUUUUUAUACAGGGUUGGGUCCCAACAGUAAACUGAAUGAGACAGCGCUUUCUUCUGAGUAUUUGUUAGAAUGUAGGUUUUAUUUGUUUCUUACGGUUUGUUUAUAUAUUUCAUUUUUAUUGGUCAUUGAAGGUGCAACAAUGAAGGUUUUCCCCCGAGAGCCUUGACGAUUUCUCAGCUCAGUUUUACUCUUGCACUACAGUCUGUGGUUUGAAUGCCAUAGACGUGCAGGAUUAUAAAAAAACUGAAGUCCACACUGAAUAACAAACGACUGAUUUUCUUAAUAUUGUUCUAAGAAACACUGGUGUGAACUUCAGUCCUCUGACCUCGUGCCUCCACAUGGAAAUAUCCAGAGACUGUACUUGUAUUAAAGAAUAAAUAUAUUUUUCCCAUCCA